AUGGCUAUAUGUCGUUGGAUAGGCUAUCCAAAGUUAUUCAUUACAUUUACAUGUAACCCAAAGUGGCAUGAAAUCCAACGGUAUAUUGAGGUUAGAGGUUUGCAGACAGAAGAUAGACCCGAUAUUAUUGAUAAAGACUACUAUAAAGCUGUGGAAGAAUUUAUGGUGCAUGGUCCUUGCGGUGUUGCUAGAUCUAACUCACCUUGCAUGGUCAAUGGACGAUGUACCAAAUACUUCCCCAAAAGGUUUGUUGAUUCAUCAAGUUUUGAUGCAGAUGGAUACCCUAUAUAUAGAAGGCGUGAUGAUGGAAGAACAAUAACAAAGAAUGGUAUUCAAAUGGACAAUAGGUAUGUGGUGCCGCAUAACGGAUAUUUGUUGUUGAGGUACAAGGCACAUUUGAAUGUUGAAUGGUGCAACCAGUCCAGAUCUAUCAAGUACUUAUUCAAGUAUAUCAACAAAGGCAAUGAUCGAGUCACUGCAGAAUUCUAUAGAAGUUCCACAGAAGUUAAUGGUGUUGAGGUUGUUGAUGAGAUAAACAUGUACUAUGAUUGUAGGUAUGUUUCAGCUUCAGAGGCUACUUGGCGGUUACUUAGCUAUGACAUACAAUGCAGAACUCCAACUGUGGAGCGACUUAGUUUCCACUUGCCAGAUAGCCAAACAGUAUACUUUGAAGACGAUGAAGAUGUGGAAACCAUUUUGAAUCGACAAACCUUGGGUCAAAGCAUGUUUACUGAAUGGUUUGAAGCUAACAAGAAAUACUCUGAAGUGAGAUUGCUAAGUUAUAUUGAAAUGCCGAAUAAAUUUGUUUGGAAAAAAAAUGUGCGCCAAUGGCAGCCAAGGCAAGGUGGUUUUUCAAUUGGUCGUAUUUUUUACGUACCACCGGGUACUGGGGAGCUUUAUUAUCUUCAUUGCCUAUUGAACAUAGUUCGAGGACCUCAAAGUUUUCAAGACAUCAAAACAUACAAUGGAAAAGAGUACAACACUUUUAAGGAUGCAUGUUAUGCCCAUGGGUUACUAGAUGAUGAUCUUGAGUACAUUGAUGCAAUUAAGGAAGCUAGCCAAUGGUCUACUGCACAUUCACUAAGAAAGUUGUUUGUCACACUUUUAAUGGCAAACACAAUGGGGAGGCCUGAAUAUGUUUGGAACGAGGUUUGGACGUAUAUGGCAGAAGAUGCUCAAUACAAUCGACGAAAAGUAUUAAAUGAUCAAGAUUUGUUUCUAAAUGAUCAAGAAAAAAAAGAUUUUGCACUGCUACAAUUGGAAAAACUCUUAUUACUUUACAAUAAGAGUUUGAAAGAUUUUCCAGACAUGCCUUUAGUCUCAGAAGAAUUGUCUGUUAGGACUGACAAUAGGUUGAUCUUGGAAGAGUUAUCAUACGAUCGUGAUUUGCUUGCUAAAGAAAGUCAGUUACUUCAUUCCCAACUUACAGAUGAGCAAAGGUCAAUUUAUGAUGUUGUUAUUUCUAAUGUUUAUUCUAACAAGGGUGGAUUGUACUUUGUUUACGGGUAUGGUGGUACUGGCAAAACAUUUCUUUGGAGGGCAUUAUCAGCUUAUAUUAGAGCUAAAGGUCAAAUAGUUAUCAAUGUGGCAUCCAGUGGUAUAGCAUCUUUGCUUUUGCCGGGAGGACGGACAUCACACUCUAGAUUUGCAAUACCUAUUUCUAUCAAUGAAGAGUCUACUUGCAAUAUUCAUCAAGGUAGUCAGUUGGCAGAUCUCAUUGUUGCAGCGAAGUUGAUAAUUUGGGAUGAAGCACCAAUGAUGCACAAGCACUGUUUUGAGGCUUUGGAUCGAACAAUGCGAGAUAUAUUGAGAUUUGUUAAUCAAGACAGUGGUCAUAGGACAUUUGCAGGUAAAACAGUGGUAUUCGGAGGUGACUUUAGGCAAAUUUUACCUGUGGUGCCAAAAGGAUCAAGACAAGACAUUGUUUCUUCAGCUAUCAAUUCAUCAUACCUUUGGAAGCAUUGCAAAGUUAUGCGCCUAACAAAGAAUUUGAGGUUAAAUAGUAUGCAACCUGGUUUGGAUCAACAACGAAUGGAAGAAUUUGCUAACUGGCUUGCUUCAAUAGGUGAUGGUACUAUUGGCGAAGAUAAUGAUGGUUACGCUGAGGUUGAUAUCCCGUCUCAAAUGUUGUUGAAAUCUAAUGGUGAUCCUAUUGCAAUUAUUGUUAACAGUACUUUCCCUCAGUUCAAUGAUGGUAUAAGUGAUGGUAGUUGCUUUCAUAGCAGUGCUAUUUUAGCACCAACAUUACAAGUUGUCAAUGAAGUAAAUGAAUAUAUGUCUGACUUGACUAUAGGGGAAGGGAAGACAUAUUACAGUUCUGACACAGCUUGCAAAACUGAUGGUUCUUCUACUGUACUUGCAGAUGUCCAUACACCGGAAUUCUUAAACACUAUUAGAGCUUCAGGCCUGCCAAAUCAUGCUUUAACAUUAAAGGUUGGUUCACCUGUAAUGUUAAUGAGGAAUAUUGAUCACAGUCUAGGACUAUGCAAUGGUACUAGGUUGGUUGUUACAAGAUUAGCUGAACAUGUUGUUGAAGGAAGUAUACUUGCAGGACCCAAUGCUGGCACUAGGGUUUUGAUUGCUAGAAUGACUAUAACGCCACCUGACACAAGAUUGCCUUUCAAGUUCAAUAGGAGACAAUUUCCUCUCAUGUUGUCAUAUGCAAUGACUAUCAACAAAAGUCAAGGUCAAACUUUGUCCAAUGUUGGUUUGAUCCUUAGGAAACCAGUUUUUGUCCAUGGACAACUAUAUGUUGCUGCAUCAAGAAUAAGUCAACCAAAUGGCCUCAAGAUUAAAAUUUGUGAUGAUUCAAAAAGUACUCUUAACAGUACAACUAAUAUCGGAAGGAGGGGCACGGUCAAUUCCAUCUGCUCGUCUGCAUUUUCUUCCUUCAACUGGGAUUGA